UUGUUCAGCUCACAACCGCUAGGGGGCGUCUGUCACGUUGGUGGCAUGUAGAAGGUUGGCCACACAGAAGAAGAAAACAUUUUCCUGUUAGAUGCCAAGGGCAGUGUGUCUAAAAAAAAAAAAGGGCAGUGUGUCUCGUCAUUUCUACACCACAGGGAACAAUCCUCAGACAAACUUCAGAGGAAAUAUUUGAGCCAAAAGACAUGCAGGCAGUCCUACCAGAGGGGGAACAGUAUGAACUCAGAUUACCCUGAAGUACAGAUUGUGGAUCAUCAGCAUGGCGCGGAGGUGGUGGACUCUUCUCGCCAUCGUUUACCUGUCCAGCCUGCAAGCGGCCGCUCGGCACCAGAGGAAAGCUUCCAAAGAAAAAUGACUGGCUUGUUGUUACUGGAUACAGACGCUCAGGAAAUUCCUGUCCUAAUAUUCACAUCACUCAAAACUGGAGCUCUGUUUCCGUCUGCGUACUUGAUAAAGCGUGGGGCGUACUCCCUGAUCAAUCCCACCUUCCUGCACUCAGAGGAGGACGCUAAGCUGCUGUUUGAGAUUCUUCUUGCCGGAAUGCAGAUCCAAGGGGAAGAGCGCCCCCUGCUGAUCCCAGAUGAGGAGCUGGCCUCCCUGAGAAGCGUGAAAACACUAGAAGUUAUCUGCGAGGAUGUGCUGCCGAAGAAGCUUUCCGAUAUCCGCCGCCUUAUGGCGGACCUGGCCCAGCGGCGGCGACCGCUCAGCUGGCAGGACUUUGAGAGAACGGUGCUGACUUUAGUCUACAGCUCACAGAUACUCAGUCAGAUCAGCAACCAGCACCAGAAGGAGCUGUGGAUGGAGACACUGGUGCAACUGGUCCGUGCUGUUCAACGAGACCUCACACCGUCCUGAGAAAAACUGAGCUUCCGUCUCUAUGCUUUAUGGUUCUGUUAGUUUAAUACAACAACUUAUUAGGGGCAAUAUAGAUAAUAUGGAUAGAAAAAGAAGAAAUAAAUUUCUGCCAAAAAUCUCAGAAAUGUUGAGAAUUACCUCAGAAAUCUUCAAGAAGAAACAAGGACAUUUCUAAAAUAGUAAAAUUUUAACUUUAAUGGCUGCAGUAGUUUGACCUUUGCCCUGCCUGUUUGAUGUCUUCAAAUAACGUUCAAUGUUUUUCUCUGUCUAAAAACGAUUUCUCAGCUCAUUUCAACCACUUCCAAAAGCUAUUUUACAUAAAAAGCGAAUAGACUCUCAGCGCAUCAAUAACCUUGAUUGCUCAUUUAAGGAAACGAAGAAACGUCUGAAUGUUUGCUUCAAAGGGCCCAAUUUUUCCCCACUUAAUGCUGGGAAAGAGAUUUCUUCUAAUAAGGUUUUGUGGAUUACUUAUUUCAGAGUUGAUGGAGGGAAGUUACAGAUCUUUUGAGUGGUUUCCUCUCCUUCAUGGAAUUAGUUUUGCUUUUGCUUUCACUUUAAUUUUUUUUCAAGGAUAGAUCUGGACCAAGUGAAAAAAAAAGGAAAGAAAAAAAGACUCGGCAUUCUCAGCCCCCUAUACAAUUUAGCUGCAUAGGGGGAAUAACAUGGGUGCUUAUUGUGCGGCAUUUAGUGUGAAAACAACAAAAUAACACAACAAUAAAGGAUUUACAAAAUGUUAA